ACAUCAAUCGAAUCACAAGUGCUGAGAGAAAAUAAUUUCUUUUUCUGUUAUUGUCGUCAUUCAUUGCGUUUGUUCGUUUUCCUUUAAUAUUGUUAUUUGUGCAAAAAAAAACUGGGAACGAUUUAAAAAUAAGUUGCCCAGAAGUAAUUGUGACGAUAAAAGGUGAAAAUUUGUGAAAAAAAGCAGAACCAUAAAAACGAAUUCGUAAAACUCAUUUUACAUUGCAAUUUACUGUUGACAACAUCCAAGAAGCAAUUCGUAAAAAAAAAUCAAAAAACACCGAAACACACAAUGACCGAUUUAAAAUUCAUCGUUUCUGAAGUAAACAAACUAAUUAACACGGACUACAACAUGAUAUCAUUCGAUGCGCUGCCAAUUGCAAAUUUGGUGCAAAUUUUGGUGGACGUGUUGCACGAUUUUGGUGCAUUAUCGAAGUUUGAUGUAAAAGAGUCAGAUCCCGACUUCACUAAGACCCGCAUAUUGGAAGCGCUCAAUCGGAUUCAAUACCAUCGAGUGGAGCAGAAUUAUGCAGCUUUAUCGAGAAAAUUAUUGAUUGGCGAUAAAAACGAAAUUUACAAUAUUUUUCAAUAUAUUUUUAAGGACAGUGAGAAGAAUCGGAAUGCUGUUUAUUUAUCCAAAUACUUAAUACCAAUUGCAUUGCCACCUGAAGCUCUGGCCAAUCCAGAUAUUGGCAUGCUGCAAGAUGAAUACAAUAUCUUAAUGAGUGAAUUCAAAGAAGCACACAAACAAUAUCAGAAAUCGAUGAAGGAAAAUUCACAGGUGCGCGAAUUACGCAGUGAUAUCGAUAUCAUCGAAAUGGAAAAAGAGAAUGUGAAAAAAAGGAUCGACCGCACACAGUCACGCUUAGACAAGCUGUCGAAUCAGGAGUUAGUCUUGGAAUCGGCUCAUGCGUUGCGAAUCGAAAGGGAACGACAAAAGGAGCUCAAAACGCAGCUUGAACACCAAACACAAGACAUACAAAGAGCAUCAACGAUUCACAUGAGGUUGCAAAAUGAAAUGAAAAUUGCCCGCACCAAUUCAAUGGAACUAUCGCCACAGCAAAUAAUGAAUUCACUGGAGGAAAAGACGCAGGUACUCCAAUUUAUGGUUGAAGAGAAGUUGCCAAAGGAAAUAACAGCAAAAAAAUUGGAGCUGCAAGCAUACGAAGAUGUAAUCAACGAACGUAACAUUAAUAAUCAGUACUUGAAUAAUCUGCAAAAUCAGAUUGAUAAAUUGAGCCGAGAGACAAAGGCAAUAUCGGAAAGUCGUCUGGUCGAACGUGAAUCCGAUAAUUUAUUGCCAUUUCGCCAACAAGCGGCCACUGUGAUUCGAAUAAAAGAAACGUCCGCCGAGCAAUUAGACGAUCUAACAAAAUCGAUUCGCGAAAUUGAUGCAACCAUUGCACGAAAACAGGCCGAAUUGAAAGAACGCGUCGGUGAAACAUAUUUACGCGGUGACGAUUUAAAGCAGUACGUAAAUAUGUUAAAGGCCAAAAGUUCAGUUUAUAAGAAACAACGUGCCGAAUUAUCAGCCCUUGAAAUUGAAUACAAAGAUUUGGAACGCACAUUGGAGAAAUUGAAAGACCAGCAUCCAUCGCUUUAUAUACCGACAACAAAUCAGACGAAUGGAUCCGAUGAUGCUGAUAACAGCGGUUUGCCUGAUGAUAUAAAACCAUUAAGUGAUAUAGCCAAUGCCACUCCGAUGGAUAUUUCACGGCUGGUAACGCAUUUAUCGAAAGUUGUGUCUUCGACUCGGGACGAAGUCAGCACAUUGUUGCACGAAUUGCAGCCGCUUAAGGAGAGGAUUAUGCUGCUGAAAGAUGAUUGCGAUGAGAAGAAAAAGACGUACAAUGCACUGCAAACGCAAUUGAAUACCGAAUAUGCAUUGAUUCAAAGUGAAAUAACUGAAACGGAAAAUUCAAUAAAAGAUUUGGAACGCACAUGGAAGCAUUUGCAGACGAUACAAAAUCGGCACAAAGCAUUACUGCAAAAAGCGCAAGAAGAGCUUGAAGGGAACACUUCGAAUAAAUUAUCGCUGAAGGCAACACUUACCGAUCAGAUCAAAGAACAAGAGAAUACAUUGGCUGCAGUGAAAGAGGAGAUUCAAAGGUUGAAAAAUGACAAAAAUAAUAUUGGAAUACAGCGCAGCAUGUGGUUGGACUUGAACAGAUUAUUAAGUGUUAAAAUUGAAUGCCACCGUGAUGCUGCUGAAGCUGGAGCUGGUGGGAUUUUAUCAGUAAACAAAGGUGCCGAAACGUUCACACUCAGCUAAACGAAGAGAAACAUGUGGAUUUGGAAAUUGCACUACCUGCACUGUCGGCCGGAAACAUCACACACACAGACACAAAACCCAAUCGAUUGGUGAACUUCAAUUAGUUUUAUCAUUUUUAAUAAAUCUUUAAAAAAAUGUUUAAAACACACCGGUACGCCGGUCAAUUUGAAAAAUGAAACAAUAAAAACAAUGAGUAGUUA